AUGGAACGGCCCUCAGCGUUUUUGAACGGCGAGUCCGAGACCGCGCUGUCGCACAUCGCGAACGCGUGCGAUCAGAUGCUCGACUUCAAAGAAACGCAGAGACGCCGGCGUCGACGCGGCCGCGCGCUUCUCGAGUCGUCGUCCGUCUCCGCGUCGUCGCCGUUUAACGACCCGUGCGCGCCGCAGUCGGACAUGCGGGACCGAGCCACACAAAGAAGUCGGAUGAUGAUUCUCACGGAGUCCGCGAAGAAGACGAUGCCGUCGUCCGACUCGUUCGCGACCGGCAUCGCGGACGUGGCCCGUCGAAUCCUCUCGGACCCGUGCGAAUCCACGCCGGAGACGCGCGGUAAGGGCGUCGACCUCGUGGACACGUUGCUCGCGGACGCGGAGGCGAAUAAGGCGCGUUCUGUCUCACACUGGUUCCCAUACGACCGCGAUUUGUCCAUGAGCGAGGAGGUGAGCGUCAACGCGUUGGGCGCGCUGUCUUCCGCGGUCGCGCCCGCGGUGCCGGGGUACGGGGAUAAAAACGCCGCGCUGACGUACGCGAAGGCGACGGACGCGGCGAAGACGAUGAUGGCGCGAUGUCUCGAUCGCACGGUGGAGGGCGAGCCGACGAUCAGCGUCGUGUCGCCGGAGAUGGAAAUCAACGCGCGGCGCGCAGCGACGGCGGCUACCGGGACGGAUAGCGCCGUCGCCUCCGUCUCCGGCGCGUCCACGGUCAACGUGUCGAACGACGUGCUGCGCGCUCAGGGCGGGGGCGGGGAUACGAUGGACAUGAAACUGCUGUCGAUGAACUUCGACCCGCACGCGUUGAAUCAGCAGAGCUCGUCCUACGGCUUGAACGGCGCGACCGAGACGUUGUACGUCGCGAGCGUCGGCGGCGACAUCGAAAUCAUCUUGCGACACGCGCGCGUCGCCGCGACGGAGUCGCUCGUCGUGUCGUCCGUCGGCGCGGGCGCGGCGGACGUGGAGAUACGCGAUCCCGCGAAGCCGGUGGAGUGGAAGCUCGCGGUUCGCCGCGGGCGACCCGGGGCGGACACGUGCGCGGCUGGAGGUGAGACUAGACUGCUUCCCAUACGACCCCGUUCGCGAUGUGAACGCCGUUCCUUAAGGACUUUUCCCGUCGUCACUCUUCACCCGCGCUUCCCUUUCAACGUUUGA